CCUUGCACCUUGCACCGUCAACAUUCACCUCCAUUCAAUCAGCUUUGCCGCUCUCGUGAGAAAACCAGAAACAACACAAAGCCCACCAGGAUAAAUCCAUUGCAUUUACAACAGAUACCGCUUUGAUAGGACGUUCUUCAACACUCGCCAAGAUGUUCAAGAAAGAAAUCCCUCCAGCCCCGAAAUCCAAACUCAAAUCAUCCGUACAACGCGGCAUCCGCCAGUCCAUCCUGGAAACCUACCCGCUCCUCGCCCGGCACAUCGAGGAGAUCAUCCCCAAGAAGGCCUCACUCGAGCAGAUGAAGCUCCCGGACCGCGCCGCCCUGUACAUCCUCGACGGGGAGCCCCUCUUCUGGGAACACGACGACUUCGAACCCCUCCUUCCGCACCUCAAGCUCGUCCACCGCUUCCCGGAGGCCUUCCCCUCCAUCCGCAUCGACCGCGGCGCCAUCCGCUUCGUCCUCUCCGGCGCCACCCUCAUGGCCCCCGGCCUCACCAGCCCCGGCGGGAGGCUCCCCGCCCCGCGCGACGUGCCGGAGGGCGGGGAAGGGGCCGACGAGGAAGGGAGGUGGAGCCGUGAGUUGAAGAAGGGUGAGCCUGUCGUCGUCAUGGCGGAGGGUAAGGUUGAGGCUUGUGCUGUUGGCGUCUUGGUCGAGGGUACGGCUGAGAUCAAGGAGAAGGGGAAGGGACCCGUUAUGGAGGAGUGCCAUUACCUUGGGGAUGGCCUUUGGAUGCUAUCCACUGAUUGAUGAGAGGCAAGAUCGUCUCUCGUCCUUUUUCCUUCUUUCGCAUUUUUUCCGGCCUAUUUCCCGUCUCUUGUUGUAUCAUGGUGGGUUGUGGGUGAGUUGGGUGUUGCAUAUUCCCCAUCUAUAUAUCCCUAUCACCUGGUCUUACAUUGCUAUAUAGGUUGUAUGUUUCCGUCUUUAGAUUAUGCAAGGGGUAUGGGAUGGACAGGCGAUGAAGCAAAAAAGGGAAGACGCGAAGGCCAUGGUCGGCUAAAUGGUAUGAUCACGAGCGGGAUGACCACGAAACGAACACGACGCCACGACAAGCAUUCACCCAUAGACACUGUAUUCCCUUUCGUCCUUUUGUAAUCGACCUAUCUAGGCUCAGUUAAAACUUUCGGAAGAGGGUGUCGUGAAGGUGCUGUGGAUUGUGGUCUCCCGUAACUUUCUCCUUCCUAACUUCGUGCCAUUAGUGUUGUGCCGUGCCUGGCAUAUGCUA